ACAAACAAUUUACAGCGGAAAAACGUGAAAAAGAAAAAGCCCCAAAGCAGGUCAUUAAAAUGGAUCGUGAGCCUGUGACAAGCAUUGCUUCAAGCAAUGAGUUGGAAACGAGGUCCUCCACUUCAAUUGUGAUCAACGAUCGCAGCGAACACAGUGAACGGCGUAGUAGCAGCCGUUCAUUGAAGGACGUCAAGAAGGAGGAACGUACACGUGAACGCGAACGCGAGCGUGAGCGUGAACGGGAGCGGGAACGCGAAAAAGAUCGUGAGCGCGAGCAAAGAGAGAGGGAGCGUGAGAAGGAACGUGAAAGGGAACGCGAACGUGAACGUGAGCGUGAGCGUGAAUUGCGAGUGUUGCGUGAACGAGAGCGUGAGCAUGAACAUCGCAGUCAUAAUGAUGAAUUGGAGCUGUCCGGCGGUGGUGCUGGAGUUGGUGGUGGCGUCGGUAGCAGUGUGACUAGUGGCAGUAAUACUAUAAUUUCCACACGUUCUAAACGCGAAAAGCGACGUGGUGAAGAACGUUACCGCUUGGAAUCACCAGCUGUAGAACAUAUUGAGAUAGUAGAAAACAAGCAUGAGCAUCAUGAAUAUGAGCGCGAACGCGAACGUGAGCGUGAGAGGGACCGAGAGCGUGAACGUGCUAGGGAUUUAAGUUCAGUAUCGAAUGAGAGCAACGGAUCGUCCAUGCAUCGACGCAGUCAGGAUGUUAUUGAAUAUGAAAAAGAUACGAAACGCCGCAAAGUGGAGUCGUCGACAACUUCUUCGUCAAACUCAAAGGUUAGUAUUUUGGUGCAAACGUAGUUGCUAAGACAGAGAGAGAGAGAGGGACGCGGCCUUUAUGUGGAGACGCAGCAGAAGGGUCAAAUAAAGACAACUAAAUCGACAUUACAGUUGUGUAUAACAGAAAUGCUAAACACAACGCAAAUUACCACUGCCACAACUUUGUGAUACUAACGCGUCUUACAACUACAACAACAAAAACAGCAACAGUAACUGGUAGUGAUGUUAGCAAACGAAUUGAAGAGGAGAAACAAAUCAAAACCAUCAAAAAAUAUUAACAAUAACAAAUCAGCUUUAAACUACUGUGGGCAGCAAAAAAAAAAAUUAAAAAAUAAUUGUAAACCAUUUGCGUCAACCAAACGAAGCAGCGCAUCCAUAAGUAAACAGUCAAUUUUAAAAGCACACGCGAGGCUUUGUGAAUAAAUCAACACCUUAAAGUGAAAAUAAGUCUUGCCAUUGAUGCAAAUAAAUUCCACCGCGCGCGCACAUGUGUCCAAGAGGAGUAGACACUGUAGAUUUUGAUGCUGUAGAUUAAUUUAUUUGUAUGAAAUUUAACUAGUUUCUAUAUUUUGAGGGUUAGCAAAAGUGAUUGUUGAUUUUUUUGUAUGAAUAUGGACCUUUCAGGUUUUGAAAAUUAUUAAGAAUUUAGCGAAUUUAGUUUAAGAAAUUAUGAACAUCUCAAAUAAAUCAAAAGAAUUGUGGAAUUGUUACACAAAUUUAAGUUGUAGGUUAUAUAAUGCAUAGAAAAAGAAUUAUAAAAGUAAUGUACUUAAGGUGUAAUAUAAAUGUACAUACAUACACUUUUUUUUUUUUUGUAAAAACUUGAAUGCGCAUUCAAAUGUGAUAAUAUUAACAGAUACUGCUUAAUUAAAACAAAUUGAGUCAAAAACUUCAGGAAUUUCUUAAUUAUAACAAAACUCUUACUUAAGCAUAUAACCUAGUCAAUAAGUAUUAUCAAAGUAUCGACGAAAUGUACUUGUUUCUG